AAUCAAGCGAUCAACACAGUCGAAUUCGUUUCGCUUGAGUACGUGGUCCAGAACAAAAAAAGAGAGUCAUGAAGUUCUUCGUGAUAUUUUUGAGUGUAGUGGCGGUGACUUGGUCCAGUCCAAUAGCCCAAGAAGAUUCAGUGUUUAAAUUGGUUGUUGGAAAUUUUGUGAAUUGCAUGCAUAGUGACUUAACUUUGUGCUUGAAGGAACACGCACUCAAAGCAACCGAGAGACUUGGUACUGUUCGUAAAUUGAACAUAAUCGAUGGAGUAACAGUAUACAAUAACGGCCCAAAGGAAGCCAGGAGUUACGAAACUCUAUCUGCUGAACCUGAAAUCAGAAAUAAACAGAUCAAUGAGAGACUCUGGGAAAGUACUACAGAUUUGCUACAAAAAAGUGAUUUAGAACUCAGCUUAGCUGGUAAUGACGAUGAAGAAGAAGAAGGAUCCAGAGCUAUUGGAGACGUUGAUGAAGGUCGUGGUAAGAAGAAGAAGCAGCUGAAGAAGAAACUCAAGCUCCUCAUCCCUCUUGCCAUUUUGGCUAAAGCUAAGGCAGUAGCCCUUGUAGUCAUAGCCCUCUUAGUCAUUGCUGCAUCAGUCUUCAAGAUUGCAGUCCUCGCCAAGAUCGCAUUCAUCGCCAAGGUCAUUGCUAUCAUCAAGGCACUCCUCGCUAAGAAACAUGCUCAAGAAGAACAUGUCUGGGCAGCUCCUCAUGAGGAGCACGGUCACUCUGGUGGCUACGAGGGUGGCUGGUCACGUUCCAGGAACGAAGCGAAUAGCUUGGCUUAUUCUGCGUACCAACAGUAAAGUUAACAAUAAGUAGACGGGUCUUAUUUAAGAAUCUUAAUUUAUUACGCGUGUAUGUGUGUGAAUGUGUGAUGCGCCAUUAUUUCACUUUUU